UAAACGUAAGAAAGUAGACGUCACGCAGGAGUUGAUUUGGGCAUUGGGCAAUGGCUGCAUCCAAGUCUUGGUGGGAGUAGAUGAGUCGCUCCGCAUAUAUAUAGCCAUACCCAUACUACUGAUUUUCCAUCUUGCUCUUAAAACAAUGGGAAAUUGGAACCGGAGAUAUAUGCCCAGAAGGAGGAAGCCUAGGCACUACGACUAUGACUAUGAAGAUCCACCUCCAUCUCCCCCAACACCCUAUUCUUCUGGACUUGCUAACAAUAGGGUGCCGUCAUGGGAAAUAGACUAUUGCCAUUCUUGUAAAGUCCCCUGGAAUAAGGUGUUGGCAUCCAAAAAGUAUAUAUACAGUUAUCCUAGUGUGCUGAAUUGGGAUGGUUCUGCUGGUAAAGAAGCAUUGGAGAAAGCAAAACAACGAUUCUGGGCCAAGAUCAAUGGCCUUCUCUGUGAUGACCCUUUGCCAGACCCAGACAUGUACAUUGGUGAGAUUGAUUGGAACCCACAUAUAGAUCAUGAGCUGAUGGAAGAUCUAGAUCUCCAAGUUUUUAAUCAAGAUGAAGCAGAGAAGAUAGAACAGCUGGGUACCAUUAAUGAAGAGUUUGAUAACAACCAAUACACUAGUGAUAACCCAUGGGAAAGAGAUCAGGUGCUAGGUACUGGAAAUUUAAAAGAAGAGAAUGGUUGGGGUAGGUGGGAUGAUACAUUACAGAGAAAUGAUGACCCAUGGGAGCAAAGUUGCCGGAAACUUGCUGGUUCUUCGAAGGAUAAUGCUUGGGGGAGUAAAAAUGAGCCUUGGGAUUGGCCCAAGGGGCUUGACAAUACUAGGUCAUCUUCCUUUGUUGAUCAUGGAUGUGGCAAGUCUUGGAAUUGUAAUGAGAAAACUGUGGCCAUAAGAGAGGAUGGACGGGGACGUGGAUGGGGACAGGGGCAAAGAGAAAAUAAUUCUUGGGGUUGGGGUCCGGGGAAUAACAAUGCUACAGGAGUGACAUCAUUUGAAAAUAACAAUUCUAUGGGCUCAAAAGAGAGAGAUUGGAGGGACAACAGGAAUGUGUCUUGGGGCAUGCGGGAUGCAGAAUACCAAGAUAAUGAAGCCAAGCAUUGGGAUCCAAAUUUUAGGCGGGGUGGACGGUUCUCUAGGGGCGGUGGCCGAAAGAGAGAAAGUUCUGUACAACACACGUCAAAAUAUAAGAGCUCCAGAUAUCUUGGUGACUCCUAUGGAUAUGGUCAUCAGAUGUGAAGAUUUCAGGAACUUGGUUAACUUUAUGUUGUAAAGUUCUUAAAAAGUGUAAUUGCUUCGAGGAAGUUACGUUUUCAGCGCAACUUUUUGCCAAUAGUGCAGAUCUAUUAUUAAUUUUACUAGGAAAAUACUUUAGCGAUUUUGGUGAGCAACCAUUGGUUUGGUUGUUUUUUGAGGUUUUGGAGGAUGCAAACAUUUAUUAAGGAUCCGCAGAUUAUAUAUACAACCUGUCUAAGGGAUGGACCUUUUGUUAAAAGCCAGUCUGGUAGAGAAGCAGGGAAUUAGCUGUGACGGUCAACAGGCUGUAGCAGUAUCACCUCUAGCUGCGCGCUGGUCUUUUUGAGAUUUGUAAAAUAUGGACUUCCGAAGAUUUUGAUGCUUAUGAUAGACCGACAUAUGAUUUGGUCGAGGACGAGCAGUAUCUUAGACGCCUAGUAAGUUUGCUGUCGGGUCCUUAAGAAACUUGUGCUAUUUUGCAUACUGGGAAAAUAGAAUGUAAGAAUCAUCUUAUAGAAAGAGAAACAGAUUUUUUGUUUCAAGUGACUGACUUGAAAUCCAAUCAGUGAAGAGAGACUUAAUUGUACUUUUCCUAUUGGUAUUGUUUUUGUGAUCUCAUUAGAUUGUCUAAAUAUUUGAUUGUGAA